GACCUCAAUGAAUGCCUCAGCCCUUCUCUUCAAACGCAAACAGACAAACGAACAAUCUCCCUCUCCCUCUUUCUUCACAGAGAAACCAUGAUACCCAUUUCUCCCUUCUAUUCAAUCCUUCCAAAACCUCCUUUCUCUCUCUAAAUUCACUCUUUCUCCCUCUCUCUAUAAUGGCGAUCGUAACAGGAGAUCGUUACCUGGAAAAACUAGUCAAAUUCGUCGAAGAACAAGCCGGUCCGUUAAUUGACGGAACCCUAGUCUUGAAGCUCAACCCAGCUGGUCUCCACUACGUGAAUUCGCGACUCGAAUCACUACACGAGCUGGAGAAUUUGUUAUCCGGAGCUCCGGUCGAUUAUCUUCGCGCUUACGUUUCUGACCUUGGUGACCACCGUGCUCUCGAGCAGUUGCGGCGUAUUCUACGUUUGUUGACGGAGUUGAAGGUUGUUUCGGUCUUGCCUCUUCCGACGCGUGAUCCCACGCCGGUUUGUUUGGUUCCGUUUGGGAGGUUGAGGGUUUUGGAACUUAGAGGUUGUGAUUUGUCUACCUCGGCUGCGAAAGGGUUGCUUGAAUUGAGACAUACUUUAGAGAAGAUUGUUUGUCACAAUUCUACUGAUGCAUUACGGCAUGUAUUUGCAAGUAGGAUUGCUGAGAUAAAGGACUCGCCACAAUGGAGUCGGUUGUCAUUUGUAUCUUGUGCGUGUAAUCGAUUGGUUUUGAUGGAUGAGUCUUUGCAACUUCUUCCUGCAGUGGAAACUCUUGAUUUGAGUCGAAAUAAGUUUGCGAAGGUGGAUAAUUUGCGGAAGUGUACCAAAUUGAAGCACUUGGAUCUUGGGUUCAAUCAUCUGAGAUCAAUUGCACCCUUUUGUGAGGUGUCCUGUCACAUUGUUAAACUUGUUUUGAGGAACAAUGCUCUAACUACAUUACAUGGGCUUGAGAAUUUGAAGUCACUUGAAGCACUUGAUGUAUCCUGCAAUAUAAUUUCCAAUUUCUCAGAUCUGGAGUUCCUUGCUAGCCUCCCAUGUCUACAAAACUUGUGGUUGGAAGGAAAUCCUUUGUGUGGUGCCCGAUGGUAUCGAGCUCAAGUAUUCAGUUAUUUUGUUCAUCCAGAUGCUGUGAAGUUAGAUGACCGGGAAAUUAGCACAAGGGAGUUUUGGAAGAGGCAAAUCAUAAUUGCCAGCAGGCAGAAACAACCAGCCAGCUUUGGAUUUUAUUCUCCUGCAAAAGGAGAUGCUCACGGAGUGGGGAUUAUGAACAGGAAAAGGGGAAAAGUAUCUCGUCUUGCUUCAAUUGCAAAUAAAGAAGAGAGCAUGUAUUUUUCUUCUGACCACGAGUCUCCAACUUGUGAUUAUGAGAUUCAAAGCAAAGAGGAGAAUGCCAUGUCUGAUGACGAAGCUGAAAUAGUCGAUCUAAUUAAUAGAGUUGAGCUCAUGAAAAAGGAGCGUUCUAUUCUUUGGUUGCGAGAAUUUAAGGAGUGGAUGGAUCAUGAAUCAGAGAAUAUUGUGGAUUGCAGUACAUAUUGUGGGGUUACAUUGCAUCAUGCCAAGGAAAAUCAUCCAAUAAACAAGUCAACACAGAAGGACCACUGUGAUAGUUCUAGAUAUUCCUUGGAUGCGCUUCAAGCUUCAGGAGAUGAGACCAGCACAAAUCUCUUUGAGUCUGAUAGUUCAUUUGUUGACACUGGUUCAUAUGGUGGGGUUGCUUUACCAGGUAUGGGGAACAUGAAUCUAGGACAGAAGCAUCAAAAGUCUUAUUCAAAUGAAGGGUGUGAUAGCAUGUCUAUGCAAGGUAAAAGUUCUCACACAGAUAGCUCUACUGUCCAAGGAGUCCAUACAAUACUUGAAAAUGGAAGCAUAUCACUGUUAACCGCUCAUUCAUCUUCUGCUUAUCCUAGGUCUCCUCCUCAUUAUGAGGAGGACAUUUUGCAUCGACGCCACAACUUGGUGGAAGAAAUUCUGCAGCUACCUGCAGAGUCCUAUUCAGUGGCAUCAUCCGAUGGUAAUACAAGCUCUAGUGAUGAUGAUUUAUAUGAACUUGGGCCUUCAUCAUAUGAAGUUGAUAAAUCAGAGAAUGGAGAGUACUUGAAUCCCGGGGCUGGAGGGCACUUAUUUUCCAAUCUUUUGAAGGAUCAAGGACAUGGAAUUCAUCAUGUGAGGAAAGAGGACAAUUAUCUAUUUGAUUCACAAACCCCUAAUUCACCAAAACUCUUAAAUUCAAACUGCAAUGAUAUUUCCUCUGGUUCCCAUGAUAUUGAAAUUGCUAAUUUUUCCAACCAAGAGGCUUAUUUACUGGAGAAGAAGAAAAACAAAAGGAAAUCAAGAAGAAGAGUCAUUUCUCUGUUAGAGAAUGUGGUUGGCAGGAUAGGGAGACCAGAAAAAUCAGAUGGAAAUGAGGAUACCUGUGGAGCUGAUUUGGUGGAAGAGCAGAGGGAAAUAGUUGUUCAUGGGAGUGGUUUUCAUGAAAUUAUUGAUAAAAAACAGCUGUACACAAACUCUAUUGCAACCUUGGAUGCUGCAAAUGUCACUGGAUUCUCUGAUGAUUUUAUUGAGAAAUAUUUUAAUGAGAAUGUUGCCGAUUCCAGAAUUAAUGAGAGCAUUAGGAGUUAUAUGUGUUGUGAUUGUGUACUUGAGCCAGAAUCCUUGUGCAGAGAAAGAGAAGUAGUCUUGUUGCUGAGCAGUGAAGACAAGCUGUAUGUACUGCUCAUUGAUGUAGCAUUUGAUGGAUCAGGAAGCAUUUUAAGUUUGCUGGGUUGGUAUAGGGUUGAAGAUGUUAGGGAAGUUUUAGUUGGUAUAGGACUUCAGGUCGUGAGGGUAUACAUUGAGAGGGGAGCAACCUACCUAUUUCUAACACGGAGCAUUGAGAAGUCAAGGCAGUUACUCCAUAUCUUGCAAGUUUCCAGGGCAUGUUCAACAAAUAAUAAAUGUUUGUUAAAAAGUUUGGAGCAGGUUCAGGUCAAGUUGUUUGAUCAACAAAUAUGUAGAGGUUCAAAACUGAGCAUAUUCCAAUAUUCUAUGGUGCAUCUUUGGCACAGGCAGGAUGAAGAGGAUUCAUGGCUUCCCAGAUCACUUUUUGUAAGUGGUGGGCAUGUGCUUUUGUGUGUUGAAGAUUUUAAGCAGUUCAACAGUCCUUCCAUGGAUGCAUCUUCACCUCCAUAUUUCUUGUUUGAUUCAUGUUGCUCCAUCAGUGACGUGUCGGAGCUGGUCAUCGAAGCCAAGGAGAGUUGGUUUGUGACCUUAGCCCUUCGAAAUGCCACAAAAAGCUUCUGCCUCGCAUCCAUAUCUCAAAAGGAUGUCAAAACAACUAGCAAUGAUAACGCAGCUUCAGUUUCUUUGACAUGGAAGCUUAAGUGGUUCUCGAAAGAGAGCCUAUUAAAUUUUGUGGCUUUGUUAAAGGCAAUUCAUGCAGCAGGGGCAGCCACAGCACCAUUGCUGGUGACGCAUACUUCAUGAGCCCGGCCCGCAUUCAUGUUUUUGUUUGUCAUAUUCAUUUCAUUCUUUUUGAUUUAGGGUUUUCAUUUUCCUUGUCUGGUAAAUGCAUUUAGUAUCCUGGACAUGGUGAGUCGAUAGCGUUCUUAUUCUUUCAUUUGUAUUCUUUAUGGUUGAUCCUUUUUCUCCUGUACAGAUUGUACGGUAUAGAACAUCGAGGUAAAUUGUCAUUAGCUCGGUUUUGAUUGUCCAUGGAUUGCCUUUCUUGUAUUUUUUUUGUUCAUAUCAUCCUGUAGGUGUCUAUUGUGCCACCAUUUAAGAAUGUGCAGCUGUUAGAUCGAUGCAUUAGACAUUGUAUGAUUGAAGGAAAUCGUGAACAAAAAGCCUGGGGGUUCUUUUGAAAAUCGAUUCUUUUCCUGAAAUAACAGAGAUUCUACUCAAAAUGCAAA